AUGUCCAAGGUAACGGCGCCCGGGCCGGGGCCGCCGGUGGCGGCGGCGGGCGGGAAGGAGAAGCGCUCCUUCAGCAAGCGGCUGUUCCGGAGCGGCCGCGCGGGCGGCGGCGGCGGCGGUGCCGGGGGUCCCGGGCCGGCCGCGCCGUCCUCGGCUCGCUCGGUGGGCAGCUUCAUGAGCCGCGUCCUCAAGACGCUGUCCACGCUCUCGCACCUCAGCUCCGAGGGCGCCGCCCCGGACCGCGGCGGCCUCCGCAGCUGCUUCCCGCCGGGGCCGGCCGCCGCGCCCACGCCGCCCCCGUGCCCGCCGCCGCCCGCCUCGCCCGCGCCGCCCGCCUGCGCCGCCGAGCCCGUGCCCGGCGUGGCGGGGCUCCGCAACCACGGCAACACGUGCUUCAUGAACGCCACGCUGCAGUGCCUCAGCAACACCGAGCUCUUCGCCGAGUACCUGGCGCUGGGCCAGUACCGGGCCGGGCGACCCGAGCCCUCGCCUGACCCCGAUCCCGAGCAGCCCGCGGGCCGCGGCGGUGCGCAGGGCCAGGGCGAGGUCACCGAGCAGCUGGCGCACCUGGUGCGCGCCCUCUGGACCCUGGAGUACACCCCGCAGCACAGCCGCGACUUCAAGAGUAUUGUGUCAAAGAAUGCUCUGCAGUAUCGAGGGAAUUCCCAGCAUGACGCCCAGGAGUUUCUGCUAUGGCUGUUGGACCGAGUUCAUGAAGACCUCAAUCACACUGUAAAGCAGAGCGGCCAGUCGCCUGUGAAGCCACCAUCAGACACUGAUAUGAUGCCUGAAGGACCGUCUUUUCCUGUGUGUAGCACUUUUGUACAAGAACUUUUUCAAGCCCAGUACAGAUCUUCUUUGACAUGUCCCCAUUGUCAGAAACAGAGCAACACUUUUGACCCUUUCCUGUGCAUUUCUUUGCCAAUUCCUCUACCCCACACAAGGCCUCUCUAUGUUACCGUAGUGUAUCAAGGGAAAUGUUCCCACUGCAUGAGAAUUGGUGUGGCUGUACCUCUGUCUGGGACUGUUGCCAGACUUCGGGAAGCUGUGUCUAUGGAAACAAAGAUCCCCACUGACCAGAUUGUGUUAACAGAAAUGUACUAUGAUGGCUUCCAUCGUUCCUUCUGUGAUACAGACGACCUGGAAACAGUCCAUGAAAGUGAUUGCAUUUUUGCCUUUGAGACUCCAGAAAUAUUUAGGCCUGAAGGAAUUCUCAGUCAAAGAGGCAUUCAUUUAAACAACAAUCUAAACCACUUGAGAUUUGGCUUGGAUCAUCACAGGCUGUCUUCACCUACAAAGCAAGGGAAGGUGGACUUGCCUAUCAGAGCAGGAAGUGACAAGAUUGUACUGCUGGUGUGUAACCGAGCCUGCACUGGGCAGCAAGGGAAAAGAUUUGGACUGCCUUUUGUACUGCACUUAGAGAAGACAAUAGCAUGGGACCUUCUGCAGAAGGAGAUCUUGGAGAAGAUGAAGUAUUUCUUGAGACCUACUGUCUGCAUUCAGGUGUGUCCAUUCAGUUUACGUGUGGUCAGCGUUGUGGGAAUAACAUAUUUGCUACCCCAGGAGGAGAAGCCCUUGUGCCACCCAACCGUAGAAAGGGCAUUAAAGUCCUGUGGACCAGGUGGCACAGCUCAUGUGAAGUUGGUAGUAGAAUGGGACAAGGAAACAAAAGAUUUCUUGUUUGCAAGUGCUGAAGAUGAGUACAUCCCUGAUGCAGAGAGUGUCCGUCUGCAGAAGGAGCGCCACCACAACCCUCAGACCUGCACCUUAUCCCAGUGCUUCCAACUCUACACCAAAGAGGAGCGGCUUGCCCCAGAUGAUGCUUGGCGGUGCCCGCACUGCAAACAGCUACAGCAGGGGAGCAUUACGCUGAGCCUGUGGACUCUUCCCGAUGUACUCAUCAUACACCUCAAGAGAUUUCGCCAGGAAGGAGACAGGCGUAUGAAACUUCAGAACAUGGUCAAGUUCCCCUUGACUGGCCUGGACAUGACUCCUCAUGUGGUUAAGAGAAGCCAGAGCAGCUGGAGCUUGCCAUCCCAUUGGUCCCCAUGGAGAAGACCCUAUGGACUCGGGAGGGACCCUGAGGACUACAUCUAUGACCUGUAUGCUGUGUGCAAUCAUCAUGGCACCAUGCAAGGGGGGCACUACACAGCAUACUGUAAGAACUCCGUGGAUGGCCUCUGGUAUUGCUUUGAUGACAGCGAUGUGCAGCAACUGUCAGAAGAUGAGGUAUGCACACAGACAGCCUACAUCCUCUUCUAUCAGAGGCGGACAGCCAUCCCGUCAUGGUCAGCCAACAGCUCAGUGGCAGGCUCUACAAGUUCUUCCUUAUGUGAGCACUGGGUGAGCCGGCUCCCAGGGAGCAAGCAAGCCAGCGUGACCUCUGCGGCCUCCUCCAGACGCACCUCCUUGGCUUCACUCUCUGAGUCCGUGGAGAUGACUGGGGAGAGGAGUGAAGAUGACGGAGGCUUUUCAACUCGACCAUUCGUGAGAAGUGUCCAGCGUCAGAGCUUGUCAGCCAGAUCUUCUGUCACCAGCCCCUUGGCCGUCAAUGAAAACUGCAUGCGACCUUCUUGGUCCCUGUCAGCCAAGCUGCAGAUGCGCUCCAGUUCUCCUUCCCGGUUCUCUGGGGACUCCCCAAUUCAUGGAUCUGGAUCUGCCUCCACCCUUGAAAGGAUUGGGGAGGCAGGGGAUGACAAAGUAUCCAUAUCUUGCUUUGGUAGCCUGCGGAACCUUUCUGGUAGCUACCAGGAACCAGGUGACAGUCACAACCGGAGAGAGCACAAGGUUAUGGGCCGGGCCCCAUUGGCUGUUAUGGAAGGCAUGUUCAAAGACGAGUCAGACACUCAUAAGUUGAACUCCAGUGUUGUAGAGACACCAAGCAAAAACAUAGCACAAGGGGAAUGCUUGCCUCCAAUCUCUGUUCCAUUUGAUAACAACAACCAGAUUGCUUAUGUGGAUCAGAGUGAUUCUGUAGACAGCUCUCCAGUAAAAGAGGUGAAGCCCCCAAGCCACCCAGGUGGCCUCACAAAGAAACCAGAGAGCACAACAAAGAGACCUCCUAGUUUCAAAGGCACUUCUGAGCCAGAGAAAAGCCUGCGGAAAGGGAGGCCAGCCUUGGCAAGCCAAGAAUCUUCCCUUUCAAGUACAUCCCCUUCUUCUCCCGUUCCAGUAAAGGUUUCUGUGAAGCCGUCCCGCUCUCGGAGUAAGGCAGAUUCUUCUAGGGUCAGUGGAAGGCAUUCAUCCCCUGCCCCUGCCCACUCCAAAAAGGAGUCAUCCCCCAGGUCCCAAGAGUCCAUGUCCUCUCCCUCACCACAGAAGCAGAAGUCUGCUUCUGCCUUCACUUACACCUCUUCCUCUGUAUCUGCCAAAAAAGCUUCGGGUCCUGCCACCAAGGGCCCGUUUCCUCCUGGGAAGAGCAGGACUUCAGACCGGAGCUUGAGUAGAGAGGGCUCCAGACAAAGCCUGGGUUCCGACAGAGCCAGCGUUACCUCCGCCUCCAAACCUAACUCGCCUCGGGUGAACCAGGCUAGAGGUGGGGACAGCAGGGUAGAUGGCAAGCAUGUCCGGAGCUCCUCCAUGGCCAGCUUGCGCUCCCCCAGCACAAGUGUGCGCUCUGGUCUGAAGAGGGACAGCAAGUCUGAGGACAAGGGGCUGUCCUUCUUCAAGUCAGCCUUGAGACAGAAGGAAACCCGGCGCUCAACUGAUCUUGGCAAGACAACCUUGCUCUCCAAAAAGGCUGCUGGGAACACUGUCAAGUCUGUUUGUAAGAACACUAUGGAUGACAAGACAGAAAAAGGACCCCAGCUUCCAGGGUCACAGCAGUCAAACACAAAUGCAGUUGGAAAGGAACAGCAAAUCUCCAAGGCCUCUGCCUCUGCUAAACAUUCCCUGCUGUCUGCUCGCAAAUCCAAGUCUUCCCAGUUAGAUCCUGGAAUUCCUUCAUCUCCCAGUGGUAGGCUGGCUGCUGAGAAAGCCUCCAAAAAGUUAACUUCGAGCAUGCAAACCUCUGCACGGCCUUCUCACAAACCUCAGUGACCCCUCUGUGGUCCAGGCCUAUUACCUGUACAGAUGUUUGUUUGUUUAUUUAGAACCCCUCCUUCCCGCUAAAGCCCUCUAUGCUUUUGUUUUUAUAUUUUUUGGGUCAUGUGCCUGAUUUUGUGUGUGUGUGUAUGUGUGUGUGUGAGAGAGAGAGAAAAAGGUGGGGGGGGGAGAAUUCAAAUGUAAAUUGUUUAAAAGCAUCGCCUUAUUCUGCCACUGAACCAAAUAACAGCCAUAGUAAAAGCAUUGAUAGCAAGCAAACUGGAGUAAUUGUAGACAACAACCCGGACGGACAGUCCCUUUAGCAGUUGUACAUAUUUCUUCCUAGAGAACUCUAAUGACUUUCAUUGAACACUAGGGUUUUGAAACCUGUGAACCAAUUAAGCUAUCCUUAGUGUGUUGACAGAUGAAUUGUUUGACUUGGGUUUUGUUAGAACAGGAUUUAUUCUCAUGUGGAUUAUUGAGUGGCACCAGGAACUAAAAGAACUGACACUGACAGUGGAGUGAACAGAGGGAAAACAUUGCUUUCUGCACUUUUGCCCCAUCUACCAGUCUUUGUAAAGGGCAAUAUUUUAACACUAAUGUUUCUCAGGUAUAUAUACUCAGCUAGCCCAGGAUGGAUGUUCAUUAGUGAAUUGAUUAGAGACAAUGAGGGUGACUGUUGCUUCUCUUGCUGCCACAGAUGGAGAUCUUAGAGGUAGUCAUCAAGUCUUUUGCUCCUUUCCUAUCUGCAGAGGUGUGCAUACCCUAACUUAACUCUUUGAGUAGUAGGUCCUGAGUUGUGAGAAAUUAGAUAGUCAGAAAGCUAGUCACUGGUAACUUUUUUUCUUUCUAAAUUUUCUGGCUGAGGCCAUUGGUAUUUUGAACUGCAGCAGAACAGUUAAUACCUUUUGAAAGAUUCCUAGGGGGAAAACCCGAUUUUAAGCUAGAGGCAUGAAUUGAUACUAUCUUCCUCCUCAAGUGUUUGUUAGAAGUUGAAGACCCCUGCCACCCCUUCUCAGCAUGCUUAGGUUUCAUCAUUUUGUAACUUGGAAAGGAGAAAGAAGUCGCUUUCUGCCAAGAGUCAGUUUUGGAGCGAUGUGAGUCUGUACAGAGCAUUACAUAUGCACUUCAGCUUCCGCCUGCCAGGCUUCCUUAGGACAGCUUUCAUAACUCACGUAUGUCUUCAUGCUGAAGGUCACUCUCCCACCCAGAGCUCAUAGGAGGAGUUUGGCUUAUGUUCCAUCUGGCAUUCUUAGUGCAAAUUGUAUUUCUUAUCUAGGAAAAGGGGACCCUUACAGAAUCUUACAGAAAGCAAAAAUACAUAAUUUUACAAGCUCUGGAGGUCUCCUGGCAAUAUUUCCUGCCUGACUUUUAGUCCCACCUCAUUACUAUUUUGUCUUAUUUUAAAUAGCAAAAGAAUCCUGGUCCUGGUUCUCUCUGACUAGCAUUUGCCAUCUUAGAUCAAACCUAGCAUGCCAUGUUUAUGAGCUUGUCAAUAUUUCCUUUCCCUUUUGGUCAUAGACUUCAGUCUCUGCUGAGUUCUGGUGCCAUGUCCAUUAGGGUUCUCUUUCCCAUUGCUGUGGGUGAAGGAGCUGAAGUGUGUUUGCAUGCAUCGUUCUGAAUCCUGAGCUGCCUUUAAUUUUCCUUUUCUGUGAUCAUCUUUUGGGAAAUACUCCCAAGUAGAUCACUUAACUUUAUUUUGCUGCUAAUUGGAGCAUUAGCUGGUAACUUAAAGCUGAAUUUGUCAGCUCUUGGGAUAUUUAAGGUUUAGGUGUUCAGCCAUGUGCUCAUUACUUUGGUGUUGUAUGUAACCAGUGACAAUAAGGCCAUUGCCCACUACACUCAGUACUUCGUACAUGUUGUUAGCUUGCUGUGUAGACCUUGACGGCCUCGCAAAGCAGCAUUGCCAUCUGCCUUGGUGUGUCUGAGAUGAUGGCUGCCUUGCCGUGUCAUCACUGCUUCCAGUGAGUAGUGAUAGCCCCCUCAUUGUUACAUCACCACUCUUGUUUUCCCAAAGCACCACAUGUGGGACCAUUAGUAACAGGAAUUGAAUGCCCUGAGUUGAACCUCCAUCUUUGUUCAGUAGGUAGAUCUAUCUCAUGAAAUUACCUAUUCAAAACUCUAGCAAUCUAAGAAGUAUAGUUUGAUAAAGACGAAAGGGUUCUAAUUUUUUUUGCCUAAUUUAAUUUCUUAUCAUAUGCCAUGUCUUUUUCUUAAAACGAGUAUCUGCAGAUCUCUUUAAUUUUCCAUAGGAUCUAGAAAUAAAAUUUCUAUAAUAUAAAAUCUAUAAACUAUGGAGUUUAGUUCUAAUUUCAUAACUAACUAAACAGGAAAAAAUUAGGAGGUAAUUUGGCAUUGUCUAGGCUAUGAAAUUUUUAUGCUUCAGUGGUUAGUAAACAAGGAAAACCUCAUUAUUCCUGAUUAUUGGUAUACAUUUAAGACAAAAGGAUAUUUGGAAGGUACUCUUUGGAGUGUGUAGUCUCUUAUGAGAAUAUGGCCACUUGCUUUAAUUCAGUUCUUUGGUAGGGUUAGGGACCUGGUGGUGUUUCCAAAACAAAAAGUUUCCCAGUGAUUCUGGCACGGCAACCAUGUGUGUACUUUGGGGACGGUAGGCUGGAGCCUGCAUGGCAGCCAGCCGGGCCUGAGGGCAAGUCAGUUCUCUAUUUUACCUUUGUCUCUCCUUAGGUAAUGUGGAAGCACAAAGCCCGUGAUCUCCUAUCAUUUUUGACUCUUUCCUGCUGUGUAUGUAUUUUCUCAUCUUGAAUGCAGCUCAAAAGUAAGUAGUACUAUGCUAGACCAGUAGAAGUGGAUGGGGAGCAUUUGUGAUGUGCCACAAUGGUGCACUGAUCUGCGAGGCUGCCUGAAGUUCUCGUUCUUCCUUCCUCCAUUCUGCCUGCUCUAUGCGAAAGGGCACGCCAAAAGCUUCAGGAACUCACUGUAGCUGUGGAGCCCUGGGAGACACCAGUCAACAGGAGAUUCCAUAAUGUCCUAAAUGGUGUUCCUCCUCAGCAGAAAGGCCUAAUGGAUUCUGGUCAGUCAGCUAAGGCAUUUGUUCUGUCUAGAAACCAGAAGCACCUUCUUCCUCUCUGGAGACAGUACUUCUCUAUCUUCCGGUUCAGCAUGUGCUCACUCUACUGUUUAUGGUUAGAAGUCUAGCACAGUUACUUUGCAUUAAACUUUGGUUAUCUGUGCUUGUACUAGAGGGGUGUGGAGAUUAUUUUGGGCAGAGUGAGGAAAAGUCAUAGUCGCUCUGAAAUAACUGUCAGGAACGGAAUAGAAAUGUAGAAACGGUAUGUGAAGGGAACAUGGCAGCUUUAGUGAAUAUGCAUGCGAGCUAAGAACAAAGUUCCACACUUGAAGUUACUGUUUCCUGUGUCAGUUGUCAUUGAGCCCAAAGACAAUUAGCAUCUGGGUUGGAGUUUUGAGAUAGGAUGCAAAUCAUAAGCACAGUUUAAAUAAUACACAUUUCGGAGGUGUGUUAAAGCUUACUAUUUUUCGGAGUUGAGAAAGGCAAAUUUCGCUAACAAAUCAGUGCCUAUCAUAGGAAUAACUCUGGCUAUUAGUGUGAAGGCGCCCUUGUCUUCACUUCUGAAAGGGUCAUUGCCAUUAAAUCUGCCUACAUCUUUCAGAGGAGACCAGAGACUUGUAUUUAAGUUGAAUGCUCAGCGUCUCAUACUGCCUUUGGCUGGCCCCCACAGUGUUUGUUUUGCAGCUGCAUUUUGAGCAUGAUCAAUUAUUUUUAACCCCCAGUAAUGAAAACAAUUGUGCAUGCCUUCCGUCUAACCCAGAAAGCAUGUGCUUACUACCUAUGCAAGCAACCAAUUUAAAAAAAGAACAGAGACUACACUAAAUAUUAAGUUUUAAACAACACUUAGAUUUGUUAGAUUUUGGAGCUCUAUUUUUGAAUUUGUAAUUUUUAAAAUGUGGCUUCGUCAGUGUAGGUGAACAUGAAUGUGAGUUUUGGGUUGAUUUGCAUCUAUUUCUCUACUGAUUUUUGAUCAUUGGUGAGAUUGUGCAUAAAAUAAUAAGUAUUUUGCAAGCAGGAGUGGAAUUAUUAAACAUACACUGGUGUAUAUACUGUAUUUAGCCUGAAGACUUUCCUAAAGUAUUUUGUUCUAAAAAUAACCUGCCAUUUUCUAUAGAUUUUAAUUUUUUAUAUCUUGUAGGGUUCUAUUGUCACAAGGAGAGUGCUAACAAUUUUAAAAUGCUUUUGUAGAGAGUUGGAACUUCUUAGGAAGGCUUCAGAGCGUCCCACCCACUGGUCAUGGUAAGAUUAAGACUGAGGAAUGUAUGAUAGUGUCCAGAUCCAUCUCAUGUUCAUUUAAAACCAGUGUUUCCCAGGAGGCUUAUGGUACACUUGAGGCUUUUGCAGACCCUGCCCACUUGCUUUCCCUAAUCCGCUUCUGAGCAGCUCAUCUGAAAUGGUGACACCUAGUGGUCACUUGUCAUGCCCAGAUCCUCCCAAGUGUGAGUGCUGCAGUGUAGGCUGCCCUGUGGGUUCUAAAGCUCCUGCACACUUGUAAACUGAAGUCAGAUUGGAGGACCACUGUGAUACACCAUCCCUUUACUGAGAAGUUGGGUGAGAAUUAUCACUGCCGUUCUGGGUACUCAGGAGUGACUCCCAUUGCACAGUGGGCAAGAGCAUGAGGAUGAAUGUUGUGAUCUUCUUUUGUGAACUCUGGGGCCUUUCUGACUUCAGGAACUGAUUGGGAUUGUGAAGCAUUUUGGGGGUGGCUUGGCACCUGUCAGUCUGGUGGGAAUUGGUCUUAGUUGCUGGGGCAGGCAGACCCAAAAAUCUGCAUCGAUUCCCAGUCUCUUCUCAGGUUCUGCCAUGAGACUGAGAUGCAUGGGGGAGAUGAUCACUCCAAGGAAAUAGGGAAGAAGAAAAUAGUCUUGGAAAAUCCGUCCCUGCUUUUGAUAUAACAAUUGCCAUUUUAUAGUAAAUUCAAGCAGCAAAGCCCAGGCUGGCACUGUAUUUCCUAUGUAGCUUGUUCUCUACUCUGGUUCCUACUUUUCCAGAAUGUAGUUUCAGGAAUUCUUUUUAGCUUGAAAAUGAAUGUGAAACAUUUUACUUAGAGUAUUUUUUGUAACCCUCAUUGCUAUUGUUCAUGUAUUUUUAAAGUCAAAUAAUUACCUCCAAAUUUGGCAGUACAUGUUAUGUAUGGAGGCAAAUGAAAUUUAAUUUUAAUCUGUGGUGAGCCAGAUGGGCUGUAACAUCUUCAAAAUACUCAGCUGUGCUCAGAUGGUCUCGUCCUGCUGAGUGCUGUGCUGCCUACAAAGAGAAAGAAUACCUGUAUGGUCUGUAUUCUAAGGAAUAAGGACAGCAGGAAAUGCUUCAGAAGGGCCUCCUGGCAGUGAUGUCUGUUGCACGUAUGAAAAUGCAAUAUAAAGUUUCCUAGGUGCUAUUCUAAGUGGUAAGGGAUCAUUGCAGCAGACAAAGAUAGUUGUGGCAUUUCUGAAGUUACAGUUCUUAUAGGUCUUUCUGGUAGGCAUUUGGAUUCCAUAUAGAUUAUCUCUCCACUGUGCCUCUCACCACUGGUUAAAAUUGAAUUCAGACCCCACUGCAAAAAUGGUUUCUUGAUUGAACUCUGUAGUUGCAGCGGUGUUUUCCUGCAGCUGUCUUUGCAGCUGCACAUCCUGUCACUGCACACAGAAUGCUUCCUUCUGCACUGUUCAUGAACCAUCAACAGUGAGCGCUGUGUCAUUUGCUGCAUGUCAUGUCUCUGUAUACAAAAUGCUUCUGCACUGUUCAUAAACCAUCAAUAUCUGUAUAAUUCUCUUCUUUAAUUGUGCAGUAAAAUGGAAACCAGGAAGUUUUUCCUACAGGCUGGAAGAAAAAUGUAUCAUACAUUUUAAAUUAUUUUAGGUCAAGUGCAUGAGAUGUGUCACUGACUUCUGUUAUUUAUUUGUAUAUUUUAUUAUUCGAGGUGUAUGCACUUUUAAGGAGCAGAAUUUAUAUUUUUAUGUUUAAAACAUUUUAUUUCCAAAACAGCAGUUGGUUAUAUAGUAUUCUGUUGGAAUUAAGAGAAAAGUGGAAAUGUAACAAAGUAUAAUAAAUUUAUUACAUGA